CAAUGAAAAUAGUGCUGUCUGCUGAUAAAAAAUGUUAUCAAUUUAGAUAACCCGCUGUAACCAUUCCGAUUCGCUUACCGUUAUCAGCUCCACCUCCGCGCCGAGGCGCGUAGAUAAAAUGUUUUUGAAAACGGAACUUUUAAAAGCCAUCUCAUUCAAAACCCCAGUGAAAUUACCUGUGUCGUAUUGGAUUUUGGUGGUGUUGCGGUUUGUGCUGACACUUCUGCCACAACGAGGAUAUAUCCACCCCGAUGAGUUCUUUCAGAAUGUUGAGAUUAUUGCAGGUGAUAUUCUCAAUGUGGAUGUUUCAAAAACAUGGGAGUUCAACCCAAAGUUUCCAAUCAGAAAUAUUCUUGUACCAAAAAUGAUAUUAGGGCCACCAAUCCACUUCAUCCGCCUCGCCAACCCCUACAGUAUGUACUAUUUCAACAUAGAUCUCAAAACUCCUUACUAUUUGCUGGUCAUACCUAGACUUUUUAUCUGUCUCUUGUCUCUCAUUAAUGACUAUUGUCUAUACCAAAUAUGUGUACUCUAUGGUCAAAAUUUCAGAAGUCGUUUAAAAAUAUUUGCCAGUUCCUAUGUAGUCUUUGUGUACUGUUGUAGAAGUUUCUCAAACUCUUUCGAAAUGAUAUUCUUCUCACUCCUACUUUUAUUGGUUGCCCAAAGCAUGGCAAAGACUGAUAAAAUAAUUUAUCAUGAUGAGUUUCUUACGGAGAAGUACCAUCAGGCGUCAUCACCAGUAGAGAAAGUUAAGUUAUUCAAAUUGAAAACUCAUUUGCCCCAGCAUUCUUUGAAUCAUGUCAUUAUACUAGCCACUUUAGUAGUUGUGGGGAUAUUUAACCGUCCUACCUUUGUUGGUUACGGUAUUCCACCAGUAUUCUUCUGGCUCCACCGAGGCUUAGGUUCCAAGGUGGUGGGAUUUCGAGAUUUUCAUUAUAGAAUCUUCAUGUUUAUACUUUGUGGAGUGCCCACUGUGCUACUGUUUAUCAUAGCUGACUCUGUGUACUACGGGUACUUGACCAUGGCCGAUGUGGAGUCUCUCAAACUCUCGUGGGAUAAUUGGGUUGUGACACCUUUGAACUUCCUGAGAUACAACUUGGACUCGAGAAAUCUGAAGCAGCACGGCCUCCAUCCGUGGUGGUUGCAUUUGGUGGUGAAUGUGCCACUUCUUUUCAAUGUGUUGGGGAUUUUAGCCUUUGGCACAUUGGCUAAGCACGCCUACAGAUUCAUUCGAGGCCAAUACAGCAAACUGCCAAGGAUCCAAAGCAUCACCGGUCUCAUGCUGCUGUCCCUCAUCAUUCCGGUUAGUCUCCUGUCUCUUUUCCCGCACCAGGAGGCGCGCUUCAUCAUACCUGUAUUGGUUCCACUGGUAUACCUUUUCGGUAGUCAUCUCCACCCUAAUGAAGGCGACGGGCCCACUUCGAGAAAGCUCAAGAAAACAUUUCGUUACAGCUGGUACAUCUUAAAUAUUCUGUUCACAAUAUUUUUCGGCUUCGUCCAUCAAGGCGGCAUUUAUCCAUUCUCGCGCAGCCUUUACAGGGACAUAAAGAGCGUGUACGGCAUACAUACCCACGUGAUAACGACGCACAGUUACAGCAUUCCAACUUAUUUGCUCCAAUUAGAAAGUACCACGACGGUGUUCAGAGAUCAAAAGACGGGUCACAAGUACCGCUUGGCGCCCAGCACGUUCCUUUACAUGUACGGUUCACUCCCCAUCGAAGACUUGUUCACUAAAAUAGAUGACGUCCUUAGCAACGCAGAGAUGUUGCUGCAUAAAAAUAAGAAGAAAUACAGGUUUUACGUGACGUCACCGUGCUCGUUAGAACAGAAGAUUCGAGACGCCGCAAGGAAAUAUCAUUACAUAGAUCUAGUUGAAGACGCUUCGUACUACCCGCAUUUUUGUACGGAAGCAUUCCCGAAGUUUCCAAGUGCUCGCGACCAAUCUUGUAUAGAAUAUAGUUUAAGCAAAAAUGAAUCUAAUGUCUUAGAUCUGAAUAUACUACAAAGGCUCGCGUGUUUUUUUAAUAAGUUUUGUCUUAGGAUAUAUAAAGUAAAGCUAGCAGCGAAAUAGUUUAAGUGAAAUGUCCACCGAUUAGAAUCUCAGUUAAUUUGUCUGCACAUUCCAGGGUCUAGUCAUUUGAUAGGUUUAUCAACGUAAUGUUAAUUUUGAAGAUUUCAUCUAAGUGCGUAUGGAAUAUUGAGAUGUGAAAUUUUCUCGAUAUUCUUACCACAUUAACUUUUGAAAGACAACGAACAAUCGACCAAAGUUGAAACAAAUGUGCCACACUAAACAAAAAAUAUUACUUUGUUUUAUUGUUUCUUUUAAGCCGGUAUGUACGCUGUUUACCAGCGAAUGUGGCUCACAGUGUAGAAGGGAUAGAGUCGUGAUUAUAAUGUACGUAUGUGUGUACCUAUGUUCAGUCAAUAGAAUGAACGUGCUUUCUAACUUUCGUGAUUUUAUAAGAAUUGUAGAUAGACACUCUUACAUGAUACUCGUAAUGUAAAUAAAUUUAGGAAAACUUCAUAUUUUCCACGACUCUGCUAAUGUUAUCAUGAAGUUAUUUGUGUAGCAAUUAGCUAUAUUAUUUUACAAGGUAUUUUAUAUUUUACACUGAUACAUAAUUUUGAUAUAAUUAUAAGUAUACAAAAUAUAAUCGAGUUCUUUAAUAUAUUUUAUCACGGACGUGUAUUGGCCUAGUAAGCGUCAGUUGCUGUAAAUAGAAAAAUGAAACGAUUACAGAAUUAUGAUACACAUUUGCCUUAAACCUGUGUUAAUAAUUAUAUAUUUAUAGCAUUUAUCAAGACAAUUUUGUUGUAAAUUUUUUCAUCACACCAUUUGUUACAAAUCAUUUUAAUAAUAAGUUUAUGUAUGACUUUUUAUAUGUGUUGCUUUGAAGAGAGUGUUAUCCUUUGACCUCUGUAAUAUUAGGUGAUAGUAUAUUUGUCACAACAGUAAGCUAAUUUAAUUUUUUUUAACAAUACUUGUUUAUUGUCUGAUCUGUGCUACAAAGCACCAAUGCUAUAAUUAGUUGACAAGUCUAGAAAAAAAAUGCGUAACCAUGAUCCAAAUUGGAUUCCUGUAAACUAAUUGCGACCUUCUGUAGUAAGCAUAAGGUGGUAUCAAUUGUUAAGCAAGGAUGAUAUUAUUAUUUCCUUUUACGGGAUACAAUGUAGGUGUUCUAGGAGUAACAAUAACGGUAUAAUUAAAAUGUUAUCCUGUAAAAUAGAUCUGAUCUAUGAGCCAUAAUUAGGAUAUGACAUUAUUAGAAUAAGAACAUUAGAUCGCUUUACUACAAUAAUUUUUGAUACCGAUCAUUACUAAGUUUAUAAAGUAAAGUAUUUAUGCAUCAACUCCUGCUGUUGUUUAUUAUAAGCGCAAUAAAAUAUGUAUACCUAAAUAAAUCAGAGGGCGUGGAUGACGAUCCUUGCAUACUAAUCCAUUUAGAAAGCAGGGUAGCUGGUAGACAAUUUGCGUUUUUCAUUUAUUAUUGUAUGCUUAUUAAUAACAUUGGUUUUUAUUAAAUACUAAAUUUAAAUUAUUUAGCUUUUAGAUGUUUUUAAA